UUUACAGAAGCCAACUCACUGACAACGGAGGACUUCAUUAUUGGCGACCGAGUCUGGGUGAACGGUAAAAGGCCUGGGUAUAUCCAGUAUAUUGGAGAAACACAGUUCUCACACGGAGACUGGGCUGGCGUUGUGCUGGACGACCCCGUGGGGAAGCAUGAUGGUUACGUUGGAGGCAUACGCUACUUCCAGUGUGAGCCAAAGAGGGGGAUUUUUGUCCGUCCAUAUAAACUCUCCCAUUUCCCGACCUCCCCCGGCACAAAGUCCGCCUACAGUUCCCCCUCUCGUUCCGAAAUGAAAGUAACAAAAUCUCGAGAGGUAACUUCACCUGGUAACCGCUCGACCACCACCACCACCACCACCACAGGCGGAGGUAAUGGAAGUUUAAGGGUUGGUGACAGAGUUGUUGUGAACUCUUUGAGCGGCACCAAGACGGGAACCUUGCGUUACCUUGGUAACACUGAGUUCGCAGGUGGGGUCUGGGCUGGGGUGGAGCUGGAUGAACCUACGGGACGGAAUGAUGGGUCCGUGGCAGGAAAACGGUAAGUGGUAUACCUUAUAAUCUGACCCAUAUCUUCAGUUGUUGUAUAUACAAAACAGUAGCAAUGUUAGGUAUAGUCUUUCUUAUAAUCUGACCCAUAUCUUCAGUUGU